GGUGUUUUCUUUCUCCUCCUCCAACCUCCUCGGAGGCCACGACUCAGGCGCCGCGGCCGGGGAGCCGCCUCCAUGGUGCGGGGCAGCCGCAGCUGAGUCCGCGACACCGAGCCGGGGCUGGAGCAGGGCGCCCGGGAGGCCAAGGCCAUGGCCAUAGCCACGUCGGCACAGCUGGCCCGGGCACUCUAUGAUAACACAGCCGAGUCCCCCCAGGAACUGUCCUUUCGCCGGGGGGACGUUCUCCAAGUGCUGCAGAGGGAGGGCGCCAGUGGGCUGGACGGCUGGUGCCUCUGCUCCCUGCGUGGCCAGCAGGGCAUCGUGCCAGCCAACAGAGUGAAGCUCCUUCCUGCCGGCCCCACGCCUAGUCUCUCCCAGGCACCUCUCGCCCAGCCGGUCUCCCCAUACCCGGUCCCUGAGCACAGCAAGGAGGACCAGGAGGUAUAUGUGGUGCCACCCCCAGCUCGGCCCUGUCCUACUUCAGGUCCUCUGGCUGGCACUUGCUCUCUCUCCCCGGACCCCAUCUACAAAAUCCCCAGAGGCAGAAGCAGCCAACUGGCUGGUCGUGGAGAAUCCUUGGAGGUCUACGAUGUGCCCCCUACCGCCCUCCGAGUGCCCUCCAGUGACCCCUAUGACUCCCCAGCCUCCUUCUCCCAUCCUCUGGGCCCAGCGGCCCCGCAAUACCCAGGCGAGGAUGAAGCUCCUUAUGACGUGCCUCUGAACCCAAAGCCACCUUCCGAGCUGGAGCCAGAUGUGGAGUGUGAGGGGGACCGGGAACCAGGGCCCCCCCUCUACGCUUCCCCCUCCAACCUGAAGCGGGCCUCGGCCCUUCUCAACCUGUAUGAAGCGCCGGAGGAACUGCUUGCCUCCGGGGAAGCGGGGGGCAGCGACCCAGAGGCCAUCUACGAUGUGCCUCUGCUGGGGCCCGAGGCGCCUCCUCCAGAAACCUCAGGAGCCUCAGCUCCCGCUAACCUGGACACCCUGGCCCAGCUCCUGGCCAGAAGCCCCCCGCCACCACACCGGCCACGGCUGCCUUCGGCCGAGAGUCUGUCUCGCCGCCCUUUGCCCGCCCUGCCCAUCUCGGAGACCCCCAGCGCCUCCCCGGCUCCGUCUCCCGCUCCAGGCCGCAAGGGCAGCAUCCAGGACCGGCCUCUGCCCCCGCCCCCGCCCCGCCUGCCUGGCUACGGGGGCUCCAAGGUCGAGGGGGACCCAGCGGUCCAGGAAGUAGAACCCGACUCAGCCGGACAGCAUAAUGAGUAUGAGGGCAUCCCCAUGGCGGAGGACUAUGACUAUGUCCACCUGAAGGGCCUGGAUAAAGCUCAGGGAUCGAGGCCCCUGGACAAGAACGUCCCAGAAGAUCCUGAACCACAGAGGGGGCUGCCAGAGCAGCAGGAGGCCCCGCCCCCCGGGGAGCCGCUGGUUCUGCCCUCCGGAGACCUCCAGCUCCUGCACUUCUAUGCGGGGCAGUGCCAGAGCCACUACUCAGCCCUGCAGACAGCUGUGGCAGCCCUGCUGUCCAGCACCCGUGCCAACCAGCCUCCGCGCCUCUUCGUGCCCCAUGGCAAACAGGUGGUGGUGGCUGCUCACCGCCUGGUGUUCAUCGGGGACACCCUGGGCCGCCUGGCAGCUUCAGCUCCUCUGCGGGCACAGGUUGGGGCUGUGGGUGCAGCCCUGGGCCAGGCACUGCGGGCCACUGUGCUGGCUGUUAAGGGCGCUGCCCUGGGCUAUCCAUCUGGCUCUGCGGCCCAAGAGAUGGCACAGUGUGUGGCAGAGCUGGUGGGGCGGGCCCUGCAGUUCACCACCCUCCUCAGCAGUCUGGCCCCCUGAAGGAGCUGUACCCCCCACCCACCCACCCACCCACCAGGCCACAACCUCCUCCAGGACUCGGGUAGCUGUGUGCUCUCGCCUUAGGGACAAGGAGAGGUGGUGCUAUCCUCUUUCCCAUUCCUUCCUGUCAUCUCAGCC